UUCAGUCACAUCUUGAGCUGCGAAGUGGUGAAAAGGAUUUUAAAUUUUUUUUAUUUAUAAAAAACAACAAAGAGAACUGCGAAAUAGGAUUUUUGUGGAAUACAAUUAAUUUUUUUGGUUAGCAUARUAUUUUAGUACUUUGGUGGUAACUCAGAUAUCGAAAGUCUGGAGCAAGAAAAUAAAGAAAAAUGGCUUCUGGCGGCUUAACUUGUGUGAAGUUUAUUACAUUUUUCUGUAAUUUACUUUUCGCUCUAACUGGACUGCUCAUCCUAAUUGUAGGUGCUAUGGUGCAGUUGAACUAUGCGCAUUAUUCAAAUUUCGUUAGCGACCACAUAUGGACUGUGCCCAUUAUUUUGAUUAUAGUCGGCGCAACCAUAGCAUUCAUCUGUUUCCUCGGCUGUUGUGGCGCCUUGAAWGAGAAUAGUUGCAUGAUACUGUCAUUCGCUCUUUUAGCGGUUAUUAUAUUCUUGUUCGAAAUCGGUUUAGGGAUAGCUGGUUAUGUUAAACAUGCAUCUCUGAGUGAUAUAAUGGAGGAACAGUUCAAUUCCACAAUGAAAGAAUACAACGAACGCAAAGAAAAUCGUGAUGCUUGGUCGCUUUUGCAAAGUGAGAUGGAUUGCUGUGGAACCUUUGGGCCUAAGGAUUGGGAACCGAUAUUUCACAACAGCUCUCUGCCACCGGCAUGCUGCACGGUCAUCAAUUUGAAUGAAGCUCAAGACUGUACGGCUGUUCACGCCCAUUCGGAAGGCUGUCUAAAUAAGCUGCUCUCUCUGCUCGACUCCAAAACAUUAACUUUAGCGGGCGUGGUACUCGGCGUAGCUGGUAUACAGCUAUUGACCAUACUUUUCGCCUUCUGUCUGUUUCGUUCGUUCAGACGCAGUUACUAGACGGUUUAAAAAACAACAUGUAGUCACGCUCAAGAUACACAUAUUACGAGUUAAUAGUUGAAAGCUUUUUAAAUUCAUACAACCAAUACUCAUCCUGAUAUGUGUUAUAAGAAUUUAUUUCUCUUGAAUAUCAACAGUUUUUAAAGCGGACAAAGUAAAAACUAGAAAAGUGCUUAUAAAGAAGUAAAAUUACUUAUGUGGACUACAUAUAACUGAGCACACAAAUCACAUUUUCAAUUGUUACUUACAUACUUAUACAAUAUAUACAAAUGUAAGUAUAUGAGAGCAGCAUUAUUAUGCAGACUUCAGGCUCCCCAUAUCACUUAUUCAUAUCAGUGUUUUAAGUUAAUGAACAACGUCGUGAAGUUUAUGCUCAACAUUUUUGAAUGAUCAAGAGCGAAUAUGAACAAUAUAAUAUGAAUUUACACCUUUAAGCACAUUUUGUAUACCUAAUAUAUAUGAUAUCUAAAUAUAUGUAUGUACUGGCAAUCA